GUCCAGCGCGUCCGGCCGCUAUUUUAAAAUCUGCUUUAUGUUGUAACUUUCGAUCCACAAGAGUUUGACGUUUUCAGCCGCUGAGGAGUUUUUUUUUUUUUUUCUUAGAGCAAAGUCUGUGUCAUCAUGGCUUCGGAUCCAGAAAAUAACAGAGGGCGAAUGAAUCAGCUCCUGGGGAAACCUGGGAAUGGAGAGUGUGCCGACUGCGGAACUGCAGAUCCGGAGUGGGCGUCCUAUACCCUGGGUGUGUUUGUGUGUCAAAGCUGCUCAGGUCUCCAUAGAAACAUUGCUCAGAUCAGCAAGGUGAAGUCUCUCCUGCUGGAUCCCUGGAGCUCCUCAGAGGUGGAGUUCAUGGACUCUGCUGGUAACAACGCUGCCAAGGCCAAAUAUGAGCAGAUAGUUCCUGACUUCUUUUACCAACCCAAACACAAAGACUGCAUGCUCCUCCGGGAACAAUGGAUUCGAGCCAAGUACGAGAGGAAGGAGUUCCUGUCAGUGGAGAGGCAGGAGCCCUACUCUGCAGGAUACAGAGAGGGGUUCCUAUGGAAACGAGGCAGAGACAAUGGACAGUACCUGAGCCGCAAAUUCAUCCUGUCCGAACGGGAGGGGGUUCUGAAAUACUUCAACAAGCACGAUGCCAGGGAGCCCAAAGCGAUAAUGAAGAUAAAUACGGUGAAUGCCACUUUCCAGCCAACUAAAAUCGGAACACCUCAUGGCCUGCAGAUAACCUAUCUGAAGGACAACAGCACCAGGAAUGUCUUUGUUUACCACGAGGAUGGAAAGGAAAUGGUGGACUGGUUCAACGCCAUCCGAGCAGCCAGGUUUCACUACCUGCAGGUGGCUUUUCCUGUGUCUCCCCUCUCUGUUUUGUUGCCGAUGCUAACCAGGAACUACGCAAGGGAGGGUUACAUGGAGAAGACUGGUCCGAAGCACACAGAGGGCUUCAAGAAGAGGUGGUUCACUCUGGACGACAGGAGACUCAUGUACUACAAAGAUCCACUGGACGCUUAUGCCCGAGGCGAGGUGUUCGUGGGCAGUAAGGAGAACGGCUACAGUCUGCUGCCUGAGCUCCCGGCCAACACUCAGGGCUACCACUGGCAGUUUGGAAUCACCAUCGUGACCCCGGAGAGGAAUUUCCUCUUUGCGUGCGAGACUGAAGAGAGUCAGAAUGACUGGAUGUUUGAAUUCCAAACGGUUAUCAACAGACCAAUGCUGCCUCAGGAGUAUGCAGUUGAGGCCUAUUUUAAACACAAACCAUGACUCUUGUCGUGUUUGAGGAUCUUCUGGUUCAGGAUGAGGAGCAAGAAGUGGAGCCUGAAGAAGAAAAGGGCCGGAGAGAGAUAUUUGUGCUUGACAUCUCUUAAUAGGUCUUAUAAAAUUCAGGGUGACGGUGUUACAGAAUUGGCCUGAAUCUCAUUUCUCAUAACCGGAAACUCUCACACUUGAAAGUGGACAGCCAUCCUGACCUGAAUGUGCCAUUACUGAUGCAUUUGUAAAUGUAUGUAUGUUUGCCUUUUGUGUAGGAGUGAAAACUGUUGCUGCUCAGACUUGGAAGAGAUUUAAAUGUGGUGUUUUCCAUUCUUGUAAAAAUAGCAUGAGUCAUUGUCUUGAAUUUCAACCAAGUGUACAAACUGUGCCAUUCAGGUCAGUUACAGGCCGAAUUAAAACAAUCGGACGUAGGAAUGAAAUAUGUCAGUAAGAAGAAAUAAUACUAUUACUCAUGUUUAUUUCCAUGAAUGACAAUAAUAUUUAUUCAGUUAUAUUUAUUUGUUUGUCUAAUUUGCUCUCUGCAAACGUUCAAGGUUAUAAUGCCAGGCACUGCAGGUACAACUUAACAUUUUUACAUUUAAUACACAUUCAAUCAGCUGCAUGUAAAUGUAUGGUGUGUGGUUUAUUUGGCUUGCAUUCCCAUUCCUAUUUUUGUAACACCAACAAAUUAAGACUAUUUCAUGUCAAGGCUAUUUAUCCACUAGAGGGAGACAAAGGAGGUUUAAUCUUGUGAUUUAACCCACAACCACCACACUCUGUCCACGCAAAAGGUCUCUGUGACGUUAACCAGGUGUGCAUGUUAAAUAUAUUUCAUACAAUGACUGAAGAGAAAGGCCUGAAGAUGUUUUUGAGCAGCGAUCAAUUCAUUCAAGUGUGAGAGGAGGAUUUGUGUCAGUGAAUCUGAAAUGUGCUCAUGAUUAAAAAGGCUCGAAGCCACGUAA